UGCAAAAUACAUUUCAGAACGAGGAGACUUUGAAUGGGGCCACAGUGAUGGGAAUCUCAGUAACAAACUCCCAGCUGUGCCUCUGUUCUGGGAAAACUUUCAGUCCAACAAAAACAAAAGCACCUACCAACCAACCAUCUCUCCCAUUUUUGCAUAUUUUCAGUCAUAUAAAGCCCUCCCUUUCCCAAACACCACUUGUUUAUUUUGUGAACCGACCAACCCAACCAUCCCUCCUUCCUCUUCUGAUUCUUGGGUUCUAGCUAAUUUCAUCAAAAGGAUCAACCUCUUUCUCCUAUUGUUCCAUUUUGAUCCCAAUAACAGUACUCAACCCAAUGCCAGAAUCAGCCCCAGAAGUUGUUUUCCACAGCCACACCCCCACCACCUUUCCCCAUGAUGAGAACCUGAGCAGGCUCUCCAUGGAAGAAGAACUCUCCAACUACCACCACCACCACAACGCCGCCAUGGAAAUCGAACAGCAGCUUCAAAACGAGAUGGGGUUUGCCACCAUGGACCAAACCACCACCAUUAACUCUCAUCUUCUCAACCCCUUUGAGACCCAACACCAAGACACAAACUGGGACAACAACAAUGAAAUGCAACAACAACAACUGCCACCAGUUCCAGCACCUGACCUGCUCAGCCUCUUCCACCUGCCGUCCUCUAACUCUGUGCUUCCACACUCCUCCAUUACCUUCACCAAUCCGGGGUCUUUCGGGUACGAGGUGCAGGACUCCUCGGCCAUGUAUGACCCGAUGUUCCAGCUGCCUCCGCAGCCGCAGCCGCCGCUGUUCAGGGAGCUGCUGCAUUCGCUGCCACAUGGGUACAACUUGGGUGGUGGAGGGUCGAGUUUGUUUAGCAAUGGUGGGGAUGAGGUGGACGAUGGGAGCAGGCAGUUGUUUGAGAAUGGGGUGCUGGAGUUUUCCAAGGAGAUGAAGACGUUUGGAAGAGGGAGAACUGGUGGGAAUAAAGGGACCAAGCACUUUGCUACUGAGCGCCAGAGGAGAGUCCAGCUCAACGACAAGUUCUCUGCUUUGAGGGAUCUUGUUCCUAACCCAACCAAACCUGAUCGAGCAUCUGUGGUGGGAGACGCCAUUGAUUACAUACAGGAGCUCAAGAGGACUGUGAGUGAGCUGAAACUUCUUGUGGAGAAGAAAAGGUGUGGAAGAGAGAGGAGCAAGAGGCACAAGACUGAGCAGGACAUAGGUGCCAGAGAUGACGAUGAGAGCUGUAACAUGAAGCCUCUUGGUGACCCUGAUCAUGACCACUCCUACAACAAUGGGUCUCUGAGGAGCUCAUGGCUGCAAAGGAAGUCUAAAGACACUGAGGUCGAUGUCCGAAUUAUUGAUGAUGAAGUCACCAUCAAACUGAUCCAGAGGAAGAAGAUCAAUCUGUUGCUAUCUGUUUCCAAGCUUCUUGAUGAGUUUCAGCUUGAACUUCAGCAUGCUGCUGGGGGACACAUUGGGAAUUCAUACAGCUUCUUGUUCAACACCAACAUGUAUGAAGGGUCUUCUUUGUAUGCCAGUGCCAUUGCAAACAAGCUCAUUGAGGCCCUGGACAGGCAGUAUGCUGCAACUCCACCUACCAAUAGUUAUGAGUAAAAGGACUACCAAGUCUUUACAAUAUGUUUAUUUAUAUUAAGUUCGUCUAACUACAUUAUAUCAUAUAUGAUGCUGAUUAAUAGAGAGAUUAAAGAACUGGACAAUAAUCUUGGUGUGACAGAGAGCAUGACAUGGAAUACUAUAUAUGUGACUUCUGGGAUUUGAGGAUAUUAUAGCCUCUCAUAUUAUAAAGGUAUAGCCUCUCAUAUAUUGAGCAUAAGUUGUGUGACACAACAAUUAU